AUUGGGCAAUACCACAACUAAAUAAAAAAUUCUGAUCCGAAAAAGCAAAAGCCCUGAUAACAGAUGCUCGCAUCGGAUUGACGUCAGAGCAUAUAUACUGGGUCAGACGGAAAAUAGCAUCAGUUCAGUUUGCAAAUCUAGUCUAGCUACUUCGAAGAUGAAAUUCCUUUUGGUUGCCUUCCUGCUCGGCCUUUUGGCUCUGUCCAUAGCAAAUCCACUGGCACCCGAACCCGACGUCAUUAUCAAUGGAGAUUGCUACAACUGCAUCAUUCUGAUAAAGGACAAUAGCUACUACUAUAAGUACCGACGAUGUCAUCAUCGACGGCAUAGGUGGUGAUGGUAUUGCAACGUUACAGCAGAUGAAUAUAUUGGCCAACAGCGCAUCAACAAACUUCCUAUUUAUUCUGAUUGGAGUACUUAAAUAAAAACUUUUUAAUUUAA